AUGCCGCCCCCACUGAUCCACUGGUUCUACGCCUCGGGCCUGCCAAAGUACCUCCGCCAGAGCCCUGAAGGUAAAGCAAGCUGGGCCCUCGUCACUGGUGCCAGCGACGGUAUUGGGCGCGCGAUGUCUUCCGAACUCGCCGCGCGCGGCUUCAACGUCCUUAUCCAUGGCCGCAACGAGGCCAAGCUCUCCAACGUGCGCGACGAACUCGCUGCCGCUUACCCUCAGCGUGACUUCUGCACCGUUACUGUAGAUGCCAGCAAUUUCACCAGCGCCGAUAUCGACCGCAUCGUUGCACUGGUGGGCAAGCUGCCCGGCCUACUGACAGUCCUCGUCAACAAUGUUGGCGGCACCGCCCCACUGUCCAGCAACUUCAAAUACUUCGAGUCGACUACACCUGAAGAAAUGCAGGCCUUGUUCUCGCUCAACGUCCAAUUUCCACUCCAACUCACCCGCGCUAUUCUCCCGCAGCUCGCUGCCCAAGGCAAGCCUACGCUCGUGCUGACCUGCGGAUCAAGUGCACAAGUCGGCCAGCCCUACGUUGCGGCCUACUCGGGCUGCAAGGGCGCUUUGCACGCCUGGAACCGCGCCCUCUUCGCCGAGCAAGCGGAGGCAAAGUCCUCUGUUGAGAUCUUGGAGGUCGUUGUGGGCCCGACCUACACUCAACAACUUCAGAGAGAUCCAAAUCUCAAAGCGGUGCUCCUGAUGCCGACAGCAGACGUCAUGGCAAAGUCGAUUCUAGCGAGGCAUUGUGGUUUUGCAUCUGCUGCCGCGACACCACACAUUGAUCUGCCUCCCCCACAACUAGCGCCGGCAUCUUCGGUCUCAGGCCACGAACUGCUGUUCCCCCAGACGACGGCAGCCCAAACACGCCGAAAACCCACCACUACCACUUCGCUGCCAACGCGCAUUCUCGCGGCCAGUGUCGCACAAUUGCUAGACUUCGCCAUGCCGGCCGUACGCGACCACUACAAUGCCAUUGCGAACAUGGCGCCCCGCGAUUCGGGCCUCAACCCCCGACAGCCUGCUUUCCAUGUGCCAGCCAUUGUCUUGGAUGCGCCCAAGUCAGCACCCAUUGCCAAGCGACAAAACAUUAUAUAUACCCAGCAGGGAAUAAUACCCACCUACUACAACAUCUCGGGCCCUGAGCCUGGUACCGUGGUCGGCAUCGUGCUAGGCAGUGUCGCCGGCUUUCUCCUGAUCUGCUGGCUCAUACAGUCUUUGACCAACACCAACAAUAAGACGGGCACGACCACGGCCAUGGCUGGAGAAGAGGAGAUUGUAGUGCGCAGGCCACGACGUAGUUCACAUGGCGCACGCUCCUCGCGACGCCGUUCUGGUGAAAUCCGCGAGAUUAGUAGGAGCCCGAGGCGGAACAGCGGACGAUCGCAAAUCAUUGUUGAAGAGAGGAGGCAGGCGGCACCAAGGGCGAGGAGCAUCGUCGUAGAGAGACAACAACGCGUACCGGGCGACGAUGUCGUCGAGGUCAUUGAAGAACAUGAGGACUACCGCGAAAGGAGAGGCACACGGGGAGGCCGGGGAUACCGGUAA